AUGAAACUUCAGGGAUCCCACGCGGUCUUCAAUGAGGACCUCUGCCCCGUCGCAGUCAUGUUCAGGAAACAGCAGGUGAAUGUAUUCCUUGCAGCAACACAUGAAGCUCCAAACCAACUCCCAAUCCAACUCCCAAACCAACUUCCCAACCAACUCCAAACCCAGCUUUCCCAACCCAACUCCCAAGCCCAACUCCCAAACCCAACUCCUAACCCAACUUCCAAUCCAACUCCCAAACCAACUCCCAACUCCAGCUCCCAAACCAACUCCCCAAUCCAACUCCCAAACCCAACAUCCCAAUCCAACUCCCCCCAACUCCCAAACCAACUCCCAAACCCAACUUCCCAACCCAACUCCCCAACCCAACACCGAAACCCAACUCCCAAACCCAACUUCCCAAUCCAACUCCCUAACCCAACUCCCCAACCCAGCUCCCAAACCCAACUCCCCCACCCAACUCCAAACCCAACUUCCCACCCAACUCCCAAACCCAGCUCCCAAACCCAACUCCCAAACCAACUUCCCAAUCCAACUCCCAAACCCAACUCCAAAUCCAACUCCAAAACCCAACUCCCCCAACUCCAACCCAAAAAACUCCCAAACCAACUCCCAACCCAACUCCCAACCCAACUUCCCAAUCCAACUCCCAACCCAACUUCCCAACUCAACUCCCAAACCCAACUCCCAACCCAACUCCAAAACCCAACUUCCAAUCAACUCCCAACCAACUUCCCAACCAACUCCCCAACCCACACCGAAACCCAACUCCCAAACCCAACUUCCCAAUCCAACUCCCACCCAACUCCCAACUCCAAACCCAACUCCCCAACCACUCCCCAACCCACUCCCAAACCCAACUCCCAACCCAACUCCCACCCAACUCCCAAAAAACCCCCCAACUCCCAAACCCAACUUCCCAACCCAACUCCCAAACCCAACUCCCAAACCCAACUCCCAAACCCAACUUCCCAAUCCAACUCCCAAACCCAACUCCCAACCAACUUCCAAACCCAACUCCCAAACCCACCCAACCCAACUCCAACCAACUCCCCCACUCCCCAACCAACUCCAAACCCAACUUCCCAAACUCCCCAACCCAACUCCCAAACCCAACCCAAACCCACUCCCAAACCCAACUCCCAAACCCAACUCCCAAACCCAACUUCCAAUCCAACUCCCCAACCCAACUUCCAAUCAACUCCCAACCCAACUCCCCAAUCCAACUCCCCCCAACUCCCAACCCAACUUCCCCAACCCAACUCCCAAACAAAACUUCCAACCCAACUCCCAACCAACUUCCCAACCAAACUCCCAACUUCCCAACCAAACCCAACUCCCAAACCCAACUUCCCAACCCAACUUCCCAACCCAACUCUCAAACAAAACUUCCCAACCCAACUCCCCAACCCAACUCCCCAAUCCAACUCCCAAACCCAACUUCCCAACCCAACUCCCAAACAAAACUUCCCAACCCAACUCCCCAACCCAACUCCCCAAUCCAACUCCCAAACCAACUUCCCCAACCAACUCCCAAACAAAACUUCCCAACCAACUCCCCAACCCAACUCCCAAUCCAACUCCCAAACCCAACUCCCAACCCAACUUCCCAACAAAACUCCCAACCCAACUCCAACCCCCAACUCCCCAAUCCAACUCCCAAACCCAACUUCCAAACCCAACUCCCCAACCCAACUCCCCAAUCCAACUCCCAACCCAACUUCCCAAACUCCCAAACCCAACUUCCAACCCAACUCCCAACCCAACUCCCAACCAACUCCCAAACCCAACUUCCAACCCAACUCCCAAACCCAACUCCCAAAACUCCCAAACCCAACUUCCCAAUUCCCAAACACAACUCCCCAACCCAACUCCCAAAACCAACUCCCCACCCAACUCCCAAACCAACUUCCCAACACAACUCCCCCAACUUCCCAAUCCAACCAACUCCCAAACCCAACUUCCCCAACCCAACCAACUCCCAACCCAACUCCAAACCCAGCUCCCCAUUCCCAAUCCAACUCCCAAACCCAACUUCCAACCCAACUCCCAACCAACUCCCAACCCAACUCCCCAACCCAACUCCCAAACCCAACUCCCAAACCCAACUCCCCAACCCAACUCCCUAACCCAAUUCCAAACCCAACUCCCAACCCAACUCCCAAACCCAACUCCCAACCCCAACUCCCCAACCCAACCCCAACCAACUCCCAACUCAAACCCAACUCCCAAACCCAACUCCCAAACCCAACUUCCCAACCCAACUUCCCCAACCAACUCCCCAACCAAACUCCCAAACCCUCCAACCCAACUCCCAAAACUUCCCAACUCCCUAACCCUCCCAACCCAACUCCCAACUCAACUCUCAACCCAACUCCCCAACCCAACUUCCCAACCCAACUCCCCAACCCAACUCCCUAA